UGAUCAUUGUAUCAUUUCCAAGAUGGCGGGUGCCAUGAAUUUAGCGCAGAAAACCAAGAAGAUACAAGAUGAGGAGAAUGAAGCCAAGUUUGGAUACGUCUUCGGCGUCUCUGGACCCGUGGUUAUUGCGGAAAAUAUGAGCGGUGCUGCCAUGUACGAGUUGGUGCGUGUGGGAUACAGUGAGUUAGUAGGAGAGAUUAUUAGGCUAGAAGGAGACAUGGCAACUAUUCAAGUAUAUGAGGAAACUUCUGGUGUUACUGUUGGUGAUCCUGUGUUAAGGACUGGUAAACCAUUGUCAGUAGAACUUGGCCCUGGUAUCAUGGGAAGUAUUUUUGAUGGUAUUCAAAGACCGCUAAAGGAUAUUAGUGAUAUCACCCAGAGUAUUUAUAUCCCACGUGGAGUUAAUACUGAUGCCCUUAGUAAAACAGUUCAAUGGGAAUUUAAUCCUCAAGGUUUCAAGGUUGGGGAUCACAUCACCAGUGGAGAUAUAUAUGGUUCUGUUCAUGAGAAUACUUUUAUCACCCACAACAUUAUGCUUCAUCCUAAAGCAAGAGGAACUGUAACCUAUAUCGCACCUCCAGGCAACUACACUAUUACUGAUACUAUCUUAGAAACAGAAUUUGAUGGAGAGAAAUCAAAACAUACAAUGUUGCAGAUUUGGCCUGUGCGUCAAAUGAGACCAGUGACUGAGAAACUGGCAGCAAACAAUCCUCUUCUGACAGGGCAGAGAGUAUUAGAUGCUCUGUUCCCGUGUGUUCAGGGAGGCACUACGGCUAUCCCUGGAGCCUUUGGAUGUGGUAAAACGGUCAUCUCCCAAUCAUUGUCCAAAUACUCGAAUUCAGAUGUCAUUAUUUAUGUGGGAUGUGGAGAAAGAGGGAAUGAAAUGUCUGAAGUACUAAGAGAUUUCCCUGAGCUGACUGUAGAAAUUAAUGGUCAAGUUGAAUCAAUUAUGAAGAGAACAGCAUUGGUAGCCAACACAUCUAACAUGCCUGUAGCUGCAAGAGAAGCUUCAAUCUACACAGGCAUUACUUUGUCUGAAUAUUUCCGUGAUAUGGGUAAGAAUGUCAGUAUGAUGGCUGAUUCCACAUCUCGAUGGGCUGAAGCUCUUCGUGAAAUCUCAGGUCGUCUGGCUGAGAUGCCUGCAGACAGUGGUUAUCCAGCUUAUCUUGGAGCUCGUCUUGCUUCUUUCUAUGAAAGAGCUGGCCGUGUACAAUGUAUUGGAAAUCCACAGAGGGAGGGUAGUGUAACAAUUGUUGGUGCUGUGUCUCCCCCUGGCGGUGACUUCUCAGAUCCUGUUACAUCAGCCACUCUUGGUAUAGUCCAGGUGUUCUGGGGAUUGGAUAAGAAGCUUGCCCAACGUAAACAUUUUCCUUCCAUCAACUGGCUAAUAAGUUAUAGCAAGUACAUGAGAUCACUAGACGACUUCUAUGAGAAAAACUAUCCUGACUUUGUAGCUCUUAGAACAAAGGUGAAACAAAUCUUACAAGAAGAGGAAGAUUUAUCUGAAAUUGUGCAGCUUGUUGGCAAGGGCUCCUUAGCUGAAUCAGAUAAAAUUACUCUUGAAGUUGCCAAGCUUAUUAAAGAUGACUUUCUACAGCAGAACGGCUACACGCCGUACGAUCGCUUCUGUCCUUUCUAUAAGACUGUAGGCAUGCUGUCCAACAUAGUACUAUUUUAUGAUCAAGCAAGACACGCCGUAGAAACCACCGCGCAAUCUGACAAUAAAGUUACUUGGGCUGUAAUUAAAGAAAAUAUGGGCAACUUGAUCUACUCCCUUAGCUCCAUGAAGUUCAAGGACCCUGUGAAAGACGGAGAAGCGAAGAUUAGAGCUGAUUUCAAUGAAUUAGCGGAACAAAUUCAACAGGGAUUCCGUUCACUAGAAGAUUAAUUAUGUCUUGUCACGCAAGAUUCAUUCUUUGUCAUGUACUAUAUAUGUCACGCUAUAGACGUGUCACGCAUGUAUUUCUACAGGGGAUAAUUAAAACCUAAGGGAGGGGAGUUUCCAUCCCUCAGGUAUUAGAUUCGUUCAUUUGGAGGAAUGGGGAUAAUUUUAAUACGUGAUAUCUAAUGCUUUAUAUCCGUUACUGUAAUUGAAAAAUCGUUUAGUAAAUGUCUGKAUGUUUGUGUACCGUGGAGAAAACUCUGCGACCUUUUUGUAGAAUCAUUUUAUGGAAUGAACGUCUUACAAUAUGAAUAAAGAAAAUUAUCGCUUUA